AUGACAGCUACAAAUGACGUUGGCGCAACGCUUGAGCUUGACGAUGGUUGUAUUCUUCAUUAUGAACCACCCGAAGCUACGACUACUCAGAAUAAUGCAGCUCGUCUGCGACGUGAGGCCCCGAUAAUACCUGUGGUCAGCCACCCAGUCGGACUUUUGGCUCGUCAAGCAUCUUGCACGCCUUCCACGACUUUCACACGAACUAUAUGGGAGACUGAAACGUUUACAGAGACUGGCAUUCGAACUGUUGUAGUUCAGGGCGAGGAUGCAACCUUUUCCUGCCCCGAGAUGGAGGUCACCAAUGACGUUGGCGAUACACUUGUUCUGGAUGGGGAUUGUGUACUGGAAUUCACUCCAGCAGAGCCUACUACUGUACAGGAAGAAGUACCAACACAGGCCAGACCGACGGCGAAUGGCCAGGGUCCUGAUAUCCCGGUUGGACCCUCAGGGACAGCCUCCGCGGAUGAUGACAGUUCCGGCAUGGUCACCAAUGGCCUUGGACGCCCGACUGAAGAGUGUCCCAUUUUGGGGCCUGUCCUUCCAUCAGGCUUUGACCUUUCCAAGUUCAAAGUCGUCCAGGAAACCAAGUCCAACUUUCCGAACAUAAUCGAAUCCAUCCUAUCCUCAGGCACCAUCAACGAAACACACACAUCCUUCGCCAUCAACGUCUUCUCUACAGCCACGAAUGAGUCUCUGUACUCUUACUACCACGCUGCAGAAGCGCUUAACGAUACUCUCUCUACGGGCAAGCUUGAUGACGAGACUGUCUUCCGUAUUGGUAGUGUAUCUAAGCUUUACACGGCAUACGCUCUCCUUGCAAAUUCUGGGUUCGACAUUGUGAAUCGUCCUGUAACCGAGAUUCUACCCGAGUUAGCGGGUAACAAUAGAAGUGAACCUACCGAGAGGGUCAUAUGGGAGGAUGUUACUAUCGGAGCUCUGCUGUCACAUCAAGCUGGGUCUGGAGGAGUUCCACUUGAGAUUGCUGUUUUAUGCCCGAAUAAUACUAUCCCAGGAUGCACAUUUGAGGAUUUUCUGGCAUACAUGAAAAUGAACAAGCGCCCUGUCACUCUCCCUUACGAGGUCCCAGUCUAUUCCGAUGGUGGCUUUGCAAUGCUCGGGGGAGUAUUACAGCGCCUGACAGGACUACCAUACAACGACGCGAUCAAGACGAUCCUUGGAAAGCCUCUGGGUCUUAACAGUUCUACUUCAAUCGAGCCAAAGGAUAAUGAUCGGAACGUUCUAGUCGUUCCAGGACCCGCUGAAGUGUCGUCAUGGGGUCAGGACAAGCAGGUUAUUGCAGGAACUGGCGGUGUGUACUCAAACGGUGCUGAUUUGCGAAGACUUGGCCUGUCAAUCUUGAACAGUGAGAUCCUUACCGCCGUCGAAACCCGUCGUUGGAUGAAGCCCCAAGGCAAUACUGCAUCCCUUACAUUCAGCGUUGGCGCGCCUUGGGAGAUCAAUCGACUCGCCCUUCCCGUAUCUCUUACAUCGAACAGAACCCGCAUUUCCGAUAUCUACACUAAACUUGGCGGUAAUUCUGGCUAUGCUGCUGUCAUCGCCCUUUCACCAGACCAUGGAAUUGGCUUUUCUAUCCUAACUGCGGGCGUGGGUGCUGUCCCUGCACGUAUCCCACUUCGCAAUGCUGUUGGUACGGCUUUCAUUAGUGCUGCUGAACGUGCAGGCUGGGAGAAUGCAAAUAAAACAUAUCCCGGAACUUUUGUUGAUGAGUCAAGGGACGGAUCAAACCUCACUAUCACCGUCGAUGAGGGUCAGCCGGGACUGGGUUUGGAAUCGUUCUUCGUCAAUGGCUCGGAAUGGCGGGCAAACUUGACGUUCCCUGCUUCUGAUCCCAUCUAUGGAGAUGACAUCCUUGUUCGUCUGUAUCCUAUCGGCGCAAAGUCAGUUUCUAUCUCAACGCAGCUCAUCUCAUACCGAGCAGUUCCCCAGAUCAAGCCCAUUGAACCUCGGUCUGCUGUUGAAGGUGGUGAAGGUCUUUUUGACGAUGGCUGUACAACAUGGGAGAGCGUUGGAUUUUGGGGCGAUGGCGAUGAGUUUACCUUUAAGGUGGUGGACGGCGAGGUUAUCAGUGUCACUAAUUUGGCCCUGGGUGACCUGAACAGAUCGGAAUAUAAUCGGAUUUCAGGUGGCAAAGAUUAG